AUGCCAACACCACCUCCACCACACCCGACACGGUCAUUACGAAAUAGUUUAUAUCCCGGAAUGGAACAGCUAGUAGAAGAUGACGAUGCCAUAAUAGAGCGUCCAUGUGAGAUUGGCGAUAUCUAUUGCAUCCGCAAGUACUUCGAUAACCACGCUAAGUGCGUCAUCCCUAAAGGACCUCUUCCUGAUCCUGUUUAUCGAACUCAAGGGAAUUACUAUAUACCUAAAUCAAAUUUCACUGCGGUGUUAACUGAAAUCAAGUAUACUGGUUUCAAGAACACGAGAGUUGAAGAAUUUUACAUAAACAGAAGGACAAAUAAAUUGAUAAUAGCUCUUAAUUUUAGAGGCAUAAGGCUUAAUACUCCAAGUGUAUAUGCUAAAUUCUACCGUCGAGGUAGAGAGCCUAUUGUGACCUUUAUGACUUUUGCUGACGUUCAAAUUUAUGCUUUCACCGUUACUGUAAUAUUCCCAAAUGCUGAGGAUCUGCAACUGGACGAUGCGGAAAUGACAGUGUUUCUUGAAGCAGCUUCAUUUGUCAUCUCUCCGUCGGUGUUCGUACCUCCAGAUAUCCAGGAAUUUCAGACUGUGGCGUCUUUUUACGACAACUUCCCGGCUGUUGCUGAUGAAGUAGCUUUUCCUGAAGCCUUCUAUUACGGUUCUACUUAUAUUCAAUCUAAUAUUUGUGACUUUGGGCUACAGUUUUAUUAA